AUGCUUUCCGAAAGUGAUGAUGUUUGGGCUUCAGAUGAAGAAAUAUCUGAAUAUGAUAGAAUAAUGUCUUUAAAAGAAUGGGAACGCAUGAAUGAAAAUUUUGGAAAUGUUGGAUAUAAAGAGGGAAUUUUAGAAGGAAAGGAUGUAACAAUUCAAGAUGGAUUUAAUGACGGAUACGUUGAGGGAGUAAAUUUAGGCAUGGAAUUUGGUAGAUUAAGAGGGUUGUUAAA